AUGAAGGGAAAUCCAGUUUCAAAAAACUCAAUGGUUUUUAACAAAUCAUUUGGUUAACACAUUCUAGUAAAUCCGCAAAUUCUACAUUCAAUAGUAGAAAAAUCAGCCAUAAGACCCACUGAUAUAGUAUUAGAAAUAGGUCCAGGAACCGGAAAUUUAACCUCUUUAUUAUUAGAAAAAGCCAAAAAAGUAAUUGCAAUAGAAAUAGAUCCUCGUAUGAUUGCCGAAUUAAAUAAAAGAUUUAAAUAUUCUUAACAUGCUAGUAAGUUUGAAUUAAUAUAAGGUGAUGCCAUCUCAUCAGAAUUUCCAUUUUUCGAUGUAUGUGUAGCAAAUACUCCUUAUUAAAUUUCUUCGCCUUUGGUCUUUAAAUUAUUAUCACAUAGACCUAUAUUUAGACACGCAAUAUUGAUGUUUUAAAAAGAAUUUGCUAUGAGAUGUGUUGCUAAACCUGGAAGUGAAUUAUAUUGUAGACUUUCUGUUAAUGUUUAAUUACUUUCUAGAUGUGAUCAUUUAAUUAAAGUAGGAAAAAACAAUUUUAAACCACCACCGAAAGUCGAAUCUUCUGUUAUUAGAAUUUAACCUAAAAAUCCAGCUCCUUAAAUUAAUUAUUUAGAAUGGGACGGACUUUUAAGAAUUUGCUUUAUGAGAAAAAAUAAAUAAUUAUCAGCACUUUUUAAAAUUAAAUCGAUUUCUAGUCUACUUGAAAAGAAUUAUGAAGUGUUUUAGAAAUUAAAGGCCGCUUAAAAUGAGGGAAAUAUUUAAUUUGAAGAACAAAAGACAAAUACUAAUGAUUUACUUAAUUUGGUAAUGGAUGAGGAAUUCGAAGAAGAUGAAUAAUAAUAAAAAAAAAAUAAAAAUAAAAAUAAAAAUGAUGAUUAAGAAGAAGAAAAUGAUAUGUAAGAAGAAAAUAAUGAAAAUAAUGAUACAAAAUAAUUAUUUAAAGAAAAAAUUUCGAAAAUACUUAUUGAUAAUAAAUUUAAUGAAAAAAGACCUUCUAAACUUGAUAUCGAUGAUUUUUUAAAACUUUUAUAUUUAUUUAAUUAAAAUGAUAUUCACUUUAAAUGA